AUGGAUGCUGCCAGCAAAUGCGUCAUUGGCACAAAAAUUUUUAUUAGAGAUAAAAACAAAGUAUGGGCUCGCGCUGAAAUUAUAAAAGAAGACGACGAUAUAGUUGUCAAGACUGAAGACGAUGAAAUUAUUAAAUUAAAGGAGAGUGAUGAGUUCUACCUUAGAAACUUAGGUUCGUACAUCUAUGUUUUGCAGUAUCUGUGUGUAGAGCAAGUCUCAAGCAGGAAAAAGAUGACUAGUGUAAAUAUACUACGAUACAACAUAUUCGAUUCGAGCGGACUAUCCGCACCACCGGAUCUGACCAAGUUAACGCAUCUACACGAAGCAUCGAUUCUACACAGCCUUAAUCUGCGAUUUGACAUUGAUGAAAUAUACACCUUCACAGGGCCCAUACUGAUCGCUGUGAAUCCAUUUAAGAUAAUAAACAAUUUAUAUAGUGACAACGUUCUAGCUAAACAUGUACAACCAAUACAGUCAAAAACCCCACAUAUAUUUGCUACAUCUAAUAGUGCUUAUCUAGGAAUGUGUAAUAAUGGGAGAUCACAGACUAUACUCAUAAGUGGAGAAUCUGGAGCAGGUAAAACAGAAUCAACAAAAUAUGUAAUGAAAUUUUUAGCAUGUGCAGGUUCAGAUAUUAAAAAAAGAUCAUUAAUUGAAUCUCAAGUUCUGGAAAGUAAUCCAUUGUUAGAAGCUUUUGGAAAUGCUAAAACUCUAAGAAAUAAUAAUUCUAGUCGUUUUGGAAAAUACAUAGAAUUACAAUUCACUUUAGACAGUAAGGGUUAUAUAAAGGGUAAGUUAUGUGGUGCUAAAAUUUUAACCUAUCUAUUAGAAAAAGUUAGAGUGUGCGAUCAACAGGAGGGGGAAAGGAACUACCACAUCUUCUACCAGUUGUGUGCAGCUGCACAAAGGGCUAGGCAGGGUCCGCACGGGGGGGAAGAGACAGAAGGGGAAAAAGCGGAAGAAACUAGCAAAGAAAGAAGCGAGAAGGAAGUGGAAAAAACGAAGGAAGACGACGAAGCGAAGGAAGCGGAAAACACCAUUCGCACUCGUCUUCCCAGUGUCCAUGGUAGUCACUACUACCACUUCCCCUCGACGAAGAAGUUCAAAGGAGUAGAAAAUAUAAAAGUGCUAAAAAUCGACUUGAGCGAUUUUAGGAGUCACACAAACUUUCGUUACUUAACCAAGUCCAGCGUGUACAAACUUAACGGGGUGAACGAACUGGAGGAAUUUGAAUCGACUAUAUACGCUAUGCAAACGAUAGGUAUAAAGAAGGAGGAACAGUAUCAGAUAUUCAAAGUUUUAGAAGGUAUUCUUUACAUAGGAAAUAUUUUAUUUAAUAAUGAUGAAAAUAAGGAAGAAUCAACAAUUUUGGACUCUACAUAUGAAGAUUUAAAAAAGGCUGCAUCUUUUUUAGAUGUAGAUGAAGAGAAAUUAAAAGAAUCUUUAUGUUAUAAAACUAUUAUUGCAAAUAAUGAACAUUAUAAAAAACCUGUAAAUUCUAAUAUAGCAAAUGAUAUAAGAGAUGCAUUAGCUAGAGCUAUAUAUGGAUGUUUGUUUUUAAAAGUAGUAGAGCGAACAAAUGAUUCGAUUGGUUUUAUAAAUGAUGUGAAUCUAUUUUGUGGAGUUCUAGAUAUAUUUGGAUUUGAAUCUUUUCCAGUAAAUUCAUUUGAACAAUUAUGUAUCAAUUAUACAAAUGAAUGUUUACAGCUAUUUUUUAAUAAUUUUAUAUUUAAAUGUGAAGAAAAAUUAUAUAUGCAAGAAGGAAUAAAGUGGGACCCAUUAGACUUCCCAGAUAAUAAAGACUGUGUUGAAAUUUUAGAAUCGAAACCAUUUGGCAUAUUUUGUAUGUUAGAUGAAGAAUGUCAUAUACCAUCAGGUAAGGAUAAAACCUUUUGUAGUAAAAUUAUAACAAAACAUAUUUCUAAUACAAAGAGAUUUAAAAUUAUUAAAACGGAUUGUUUUAGUUUUAUCAUAGUCCAUUUUGCAGGAGAAGUCAAAUAUAAUUCUGCAGGGUUUGUUGAAAAGAACAAAGAUCAAUUAUCAACUGAUGUUCAGAAUGUAUUAUUGCAAAGUAAGAAUGAAUAUAUAUCAUCGCUUUUUGAAAAAUAUUUAAGGCGAAAUGUGGAUAAGAGAAAAUUUGUAACUGUCUCAAGUGAAUUCAAAGAACAAUUAAAUUCUUUAAUGAUACGUAUUCGACAAACGGAUCCUCAUUUUAUUAGAUGCAUUAAACCGAAUUCACAAAACUUACCAGAUAUAUUUGAUCGUAUAUCCGUUAAUGAACAAUUGAAAUAUGGAGGAGUCUUACAAGCAAUAAAAGUUAGUAGAGCUGGAUACCCGGUUCGUAUGACUCAUGCAGAGUGUGUAAAUGAUUACAAAAUUCUUUUAAGUAAAAACGAUAAAGAGUUAUUUUCUGCAUAUAAUGAAAAAUCAUGGUCAUACAAAGCGAGAUUUAUUUUGAAUAAAAUGAUUUCUACUGGACCCAUACAAGAGUAUAUUACAUCCUUGAAAAAGAUAAAAAGAGAAAAACAAAAUGAAUAUGAAUUUUUCUUGAAAUACUCAAACAAGAAGGCUAAACCAAUUAAGGGAAAGAAUACAAGUGUAACAGCUAAACGUGUGGAGGGAAAUUCCAGCAAGGGGGAUAUGCUAGCGGAGGGGGGUAUCAUCAGUGGUAAACAAGAACAAGGAGAGGGGCAUCAGGAUGAGAAGUUGAACGAUCCGCUGAACGAGCCGCAGAACGAGCCGCAGACCGAGCCGCAGACCGAGCCGCAGACCGACGAAACGGCGUUCAUCUGGUCAGUGGGGAAAAAUUUGUGCUUCUUCAAAAGCGACGCGUUCAACAUCUUGUCAACGAUGAGAAGUGACUACCGGUUUGCACAGGCAGUAGUCAUUCAAAAGAAUUAUAAAUGUUAUGUGGAAAGGAAAAGGUACAGUAUAAUGAGGAGCAAAGUAGUAGUACUACAGAGAUGGUUUAGGAAUAUAUUAAUUGUUAUUAGAAAAGAGAAAGAGAGGAAUAAAAAGGCCAAGGAGCUCAUAUGUUUACAUAUAUAUGGUUAUGUCGUUAGGAAGAAGUAUUUACAUAAAAGGAAGUGUGCUAUACUUAUACAAUCUUAUAUAAGAAGAUACCUUACUAUGAGAUUUUAUAAAACGUAUAAGCAAAACUGUUAUGCUAGUAAAAUUCAAGCAACGUGGAAAACGUACAAAGAAAGAAUGUAUUAUAUGAAGUUAAAAAGAUCUACUAAGUUGAUACAGCUAAAAUGGAAGGGUAUACUAGCAAGGAAACAAUUACGAAGGCUUAAAGAAGAAGCAAAGGAAGUUGGAUCCUUAUUGAGUAAAAAUCAAAUAUUAAUAAAUCAACUAAAAACAGAAAAAAAUGAAAAAUUAGAAAUAGAAAAUAAACUACUAAAAGCGUUAGCAAAUAUAGACACACUGACUAAAAAGGUAGAAGCGUUAGAAAGGACAAAUAAAAACAACGAAUCAAUUAUUAAAGAUUUGCUUCAAAAAGUACAGAAUAUAUCCAGUAAAGAAUUAAAUAACAAGACUGAAGUAGGCCCUUCUCGAAGCGAGUGCACAAAGGUUAGCGCUGCAGAUAGGAGGGGUGUACAGGUAGGUACAGAUCAAAAUGGUGCUAAUAGAUUAAACAGGAAUAAGAAUAGGAAUAGGAAUAGCAGUAGGGAUAGGAAUAGCAGUAGGAAUAGGAAUAGCAGUAGGGAUAGGAAUAGCAGUAGGAAUAGGAAUAGCAGUAGGAAUAGGAAUAGCAGUAGGAAUAGGAAUAGCAGUAGGAAUAGGAAUAGCAGUAGGAAUAGGAAUAGCAGUAGGAAUAGGAAUAGCAGUAGGAGUGCCGGUAGGAGCAGCAGCAGCAGUAGCCGUCAUGGUAAACUUGCUACAGAACUGAAGAGUGCCAAGGACAGCACUGCGUUAAGUAAAGACGAACUGACAAACCUGCUAAGCAAGGUUAAAGCGCUUGAAUCAGAAAAUAAGGAAUAUAUGAAGAAAAAUAAUUUAUUGAACGAUCGCUACAAUAAAUUGUUAAAUUUGCUCUCACAUAUCAAGGAUAAAAAUAUCGGCAUUCCUGGAAUGGUGUACCGCAAUUUGUGCGGGAGUAAGCCGAGCAGUGGAGCAUAUGCCGUGGCAUACAAAAACGGACUUGGUGAACCCAGGGUUAUUGGAAGUAACAGUCGUAGUGCCAGUCGGGGUGCGAAUGGGCUUCCGUUGGAUAAGAUUCUCUUAAACUGCAGUGGUGAAGAGAAAUAUGUGCAUCUAUAUCAUCGAACAAGUAAGAACCAUAUACAGAGUAACACAACGGCCGAUAUUCUCAUGUGUGGGCCUAAGAGUGUUGGAAAGACGAGUUUACUAGAAGAUCUCUUUGUACGUUUGGGAGAUGAAAUAAACUUGAACAUUUUAAGGAAAAACAAAAAGAAACAAAGAGAAGAUAUGAAUUCUUUUAUUUAUAAUACAUAUAUAAUUACACAUAAGGAGACACAAAUAAAAAUCGUUGAUUGUGGUUAUUGUUCUAAUAAAGACUUAGAUGAAUCUCUUUUUAAUUAUGUAAAAAAUUCAAUGUGUAUUAUAGUAGUCUUUGAUUCUACAAAGAAAGAAUCCGUUAGUCCAGCUUUACAUCUUCUACAAGAAGUAUCACUUAUUAAUUUAAAGAAAACAACAAAAUUGUAUUUGCUUGAAAAUAUAUUCAACGAAAAAAUUAAUUUAAAACCUAAUACUACUGACGUGGCAUAUGCUCUGAGAGUAGUAAAAACGUGCAAUGCGUAUUAUGUAAAGGCGCUCGAUAUAUACGAUAUACUGAACGACUAUGUGGGAGGCCGCGCAAACGGGUAUGCUGACAGUUAUGCGAACGAGUAUGCAAACCACUAUUCAACUAACAAUGCAAAUGAAGUAUAUGUUGAGCCAAAUAACCCCUUUAACCCUCAAAAUGACAAGAAAAUUGUAAUUAACCCUUCCUUGAUCCAUUACAACAAUAACAGGGUAAACAAAAAAAAAGUGGAAACAAGUUAUGAAGGAGAAGUAUCUUCUUUCCUGCCUGAUAUAACAGAUACCAAUACAUCUCUUUUUUUCGAAAAUAAAAAGGAGGAAUUAGCUCUACAUAAAAAUAAUAUGUACUCUGUAGCUAACACGUUAAAAGCUUUUUGUGGUAUUCAUAACAAUAGCAAUAAGAAGAAUCAAAAUAUACAACUGUUAAGAGAAUCGAUGCCUCUAAAUAAUUAUGUAUAUAGCAAUAAAAAGUAUAACACGGAACUAGGAAAAGGUCUACAACCUAUUUAUGAAAUAACACUAAAGGGAAAUGUCCCCAUUACAUAUCUGUUCAUCGGCCAAGAUUUUGCCAAUAAGAAUUAUACCUUAUUAGCUGUUGGUUGUAAAGACGGAGUAAUAUACAUUUACAAAUGCUUCCGUAGUAAGUUAGAAAUGAGCAGUAACUUCUUCCACCCGAAUGAGGAGAAGCUCAAGAAGAGCGACAGUGAAUGCACGAAUGGGGAGGGUAGCAGCAAUAUUGUUAUGGGUGCAGAUAACCAUACCAAUUUACAUAAUCGUGGUAACAGCUAUACCAGUCCGCUCGAUCGUGGUAACAGAUAUACCUGUUCACUCAAUCGCAGUAAUGACUACUCCAAUCCGCUCCACCGCGGUAAUAGCUAUUCCAAUCCGCUCCAGUGCAGUAACUGCAACGAAAUCAAUGAAGAGUUUCGAAGUGUAGAAGAGAUAGGCGAUCCAAUGAAAAAUGAUUCCUCAGUCUAUGCUGAGGAUAACCAAGAAUCAGCUCAAUUGUUAUCAAAAUUAUGCGGUCAUAAAAAAGCAAUAACAUGUCUAGUUUUUUCAUUAUGUGAAGAUAAAAUAAUAUCAUCAUCUAUUGAUAGAACAAUAAAAAUAUGGGAAGUAUGUACAGGAUUUUUAUUAAAGGUAUUUUCUGACUCCUCCGCUACAUUGUCUGUUUUAUUAUUUCCAACAAAUCUUGAUAUAUUUCUCUGCUCCAACUGUACUUCUCUACUACGAAUUGUAAACCUAAACAGUGGUCAGGUUUAUCAGAAAAUUAAAUUAGAGAGUGAAAUAAGAGCACUAGAAAUGGACGAUACGUGUUUAAAUAUAUUUGCUGGGUCCAAAAAUGGUACUAUAUAUGUAUUAGAAGUAAUAUAUAAUGAACGAAUUGAAAUAAAAUUUCGUUUUCUUUUUUCCUUAUCCCCAAUAACUUGUAUCAAAUAUAUUCCUAGAUAUCACACAAUUAAAACUAACCCCACUAUUAUUGUUAACUCAUGUGAUAAUCAUAUUGGUAUUAUUGAAUGUAUAUAUGGUAAUAAAGGGGUACUCACCACCUUAUCAGUUAAACACAGAAUUAGAAUUAACCAUGCUCUACUUCCCAUACGCAAUUGCUAUUCCAAAUUUGGAGGUGGUUGGUUUAUGUCGGGUUCAGAGGACGGAAACAUUUACAUCUGCUCUCUACUCCCACAGUCCAACUACAAGCUUAUCUUUUUAAAACAUCAUAAGGCACCCGUCAUGACCGUUGUGGUAAACGACAUCGACACUUUGAUGGUAUCGGGUGAUUCAAAAGGAAACAUAGUUUUUUGGAGGAGAUCCUUUGUGUAA